AUGUCUCGCAUAAUUAAAACUGCUCAGUCCGUCUCUUUCGAUAUUCCUGCCUCUGAGCAACCUCAUCUGCACAACAGAUGGCAUCCAGAGGUCCCAAGUAUCGCAACUGUCGAACCAGGAGAAACAGUCAAGAUUGAAUGUCUUGAUUGGACAGGUGGACAAAUCGGAAACAACGAUAGUGCCGAUGAUGUCCUUAACGUGGAUCUCACAAAGAUCCACUAUCUCACUGGACCCUUUGACAUAAAAGGAAGUGAACCUGGUGAUUUACUCGUCGUCAACAUCACAGAUAUCCAACCAUUUGAUCAUUCACCUUGGGGUUUCACUGGAAUCUUUGCAAAGAACAAUGGUGGUGGUUUCCUCAGUGAGUAUUACCCUGACGCAGCCAAAGCAAUCUGGGAUUUCGAUGGUGUUUAUUGCUCGAGUCGUCAUAUCCCAGGUGUUCGGUUCCCGGGGUUGAUUCACCCUGGUAUUCUCGGUUGUGCACCAUCUGCUGAGAUCCUGGCGGAAUGGAAUCGUCGUGAAGGAGAACUUGCUACUUCUAUGGCUGGUUCUCAUCCUGAUAAAGUGUUUGCUCAACCCCCUCUCGAGACUAAUGCUCACGGUGGACUAGCCAAGGGUGAUGUCUUGGCCAGAAUUGCAAAAGAAGGAGCAAGAACUAUUCCUGGAAGACCUGAACAUGGAGGAAAUUGUGAUAUUAACAAUAUUUCUCGAGGAUCAAAGACGUAUCUUCCUGUCCAUGUUGCAGGAGCCAAGUUUUCUGUUGGAGACCUUCACUUUAGCCAGGGUGAUGGUGAGAUUAGUUUCUGUGGUGCCAUCGAAAUGGCUGGUAUCAUCACUAUCAAAUUCGACCUCAUCAAAGGCGGAGUCAAGUCAAGAGGUCUCAAGAGUCCAGUGUACCGACCAGGAGACAUGGGCCCUACCUUUAGUCCUUCACGAUACCUUACCUUUGAAGGAUUCUCCGUCGAUGAGCAAGGAAAGCAGCAUUUCAUGGACGCCACGGUCGCCUAUCGACAAUCUUGUCUCCGUGCGAUAGAAUAUCUUAAACAAUUUGGCUAUUCUGGCGAACAAAUCUAUCUCCUCCUGUCCUGUGCACCAAUCAGAGGAGCCAUUGCUGGCAUAGUCGACAUUCCCAACGCCUGUACCACGCUGGGUAUACCGUUGGAUAUCUUUGACUUUGACAUUUCCAUCGAAAGUGAGCCUGUUGCUAGGAAUUUGGGAGCUUGUCCAAUUUCUCGCUAA